UGACUGGGCUUGAGGAAGAGGCACUCCCAAGUCAAUGCCGCACUAAUAAAGGAAUGCAAGACCCCACGCACGCAGCGCCUAUAUAAUUAACCACGCGGAGGGCUAAGGGCAAAGGGCGUUUGUUUGAGUCAGGACUUUUAUCAAACAGAUGGUGGGCAUGGGCAUGGGCAUGGGCAUGAGGCGUUGGGGCUUGGUGCUGGCGGUGGUGAUGGCGGUGGCAGUAGGGGAGGUGGCGGCGCUGACGGCGGCGCAGUGUAAGGCGGAGAGAGAUAUGGCGGUGAAAGAGUGCCUGGCGGUGGUGUUCGGGAGGAACCCGUCGCCGGCGUGCUGCCAGAGGGCGAGAGUGAGCCAUACGGAGUGUAUUUGCCCGGCUGUUACGCCUAAGCUGAUGACAUACGUGGACCCUAAUCGCGCCAUUCGCCUCAUCGAAGGCUGCGGCCGUAAGGUCCCCCGCCAUUUCAAAUGUGGAAGCUAUACUACUCCAUGAAAGCUAUCAUUGGGAAUAUCCAAGCAAGCCUGAAGAUUAAAGAA